AUGGCUGAUAAAAAAAUACCUUCUGGAGCCCAGUACCGCAAACGAAAGGCAGAACAAGCUAAGGAGCAAGCAAAGCAAGAGGGGUCCUUCUUUAGAUACCUUCAUGCACAGGAAGCUAAUCAAGAACAAGAAUGUGACUGUACUCUUGUAGAACCUGCCACUGGGGAAGCUGAAUGUUGUGCUCCAACUACAAGUCAUACUGAAGUUUCACAGUUUGGAAAUGUUUCUAGAAAGAACGCAGAAGAAAAAGAUGUCAAUAAAAGUGAGACUAGUAGCACUGCAAAGUCAUCAAAAGAAAACAAUAUUGUGCCUGAUUUGGAUUACAGUGACCCUGCUAAAUGGCCCUACUCUUGCAGUGAUGAUCUACGACAGAUUAUAAUUCAACAUGGACCACAGGAGGUUGUAUCACAUGAUUUUCCCAAAGACUCAAAAAACAGACGAUUUUCUCCUGUACACUACAAGAGGAGACUGGCAAAUGGUGAAGAAGUGUGUCGCGAAUGGUUUUUUGUUUUUGCUCCCUUUUUUGAUCAUAUCAUGAAUGAACAUUUGCGUAGGGUCAAAGAUCAAGAAACAUUGGUUCACUACCUGGGAAAAGAUAUCCAGAAUGAGCUUAUACAGCUUCUAGCCGGUGCUAUAAAGCAGAAAAUUAUAACAAGUACUAUUUCAGCUAAAUACUAUUCAAUUAUUCUGGACUGCACACCAGAUGUUACUCAUAUUGAGCAAAUUACAAUAAUUGUACCUUUUGUUGAUGCAAGCAAACCAGCAGAUAAUAAGUCUGAAAGUAUUACUAUAAGAGAACAUUUCUUAGGAUUUAUUCCACUACAGGAGACUACAGGUGCCUUUAUAGCAGAAACUCUUCUUGAACAACUGAAGCAAAUUCAAUUGCAAAUUGAAAAUCUCCGUGGUCAAGGGUAUCACAAUGGGAGUAACAUGAAAGGUAAUAUAUAUGAUGCUUUGAUAGAGAUUUUUGAGGAUACAAGCCUAUCAGGUCCAUCUGGAAAUACUUCCCGAGUUGAAGCCAAGGGCCUUGCUGAUGCAGUUAGUAAAUUCAAGUUUGUGGUAUCCCUCGUUACAUGGUGCGACAUCCUUUUUGAAGUCAAUCUUACAAGCAAGCUACUACAAAAUAAGGAAGCUGAUUUAAAUUCAGCUACAAGACAAUUGCAAGUGACUAAGAAUUAUCUCAUAACCUGCAGGUGUGAUAAGGGUUUUCAACAAGUUUUGACAGAUGCUACUGAGAUUGCAAAUGAGAUACAGAUAGUACCAAACUUUGAGACAGAAGAUCAAGUUCGAAACAGGAGAAAGAAACUGCAGUUUGAAUAUGAGGCCCGAGAAGAAGCACCACAAGAUCCAAAGCAGAAAUUCAAAACAGGUUUUUACUAUGCUGUUUUAGACAUGGCCAUACAAUCUAUUGAAGAGAGAUUCCAACAGCUACAGAAAUGUAAUUCACUAUUUGGCUUUCUAUAUGACAUAUACAGUAUAAAGAAAAAAUCAACAGAAGAUUUACUUAAGGACUAA